ACUAAAAGAAGCAGGUGGUGGGCAUAAAUGUUCAUUUGCAGCUGCUUAAAUUAUUAACACUUCUUUUUAACCUGAUGCUUCUGCAGACAUACACUUUUCAACUAGUCUGUCUUAACACAAUGACAGUCAAUCCUUUCAUCUCUAUACUUUUUCCACCAGCAGCUAUCCUUUGAAAGACAUUUGAAACAUGCACUUUCUAGGUGUCUCAGGCUGCAACAAAGGAAUCAACAAAGGCAGAAAAUGUAUUUCCAUUACUUAAUCUGGCUUUGGUUUGCUCUUUCACACAGUGAUUCUAAAAUCUACGAAGCCUGCAAGGAAAUCUGUUUUUGCAAAGUGGGGACAAUGUUUGUGAACUGUUCAGGAGUCCAUGCUCUGGUGUUCAAUCUAACGUUCCCUUCUGAUGCAGAACACUUGGACCUUUCUCAAAACAACUUGUAUUCUAUUCCUUGGAAAUCUAUAAAUUCCCUGUGGAAGUUGCAGGUUCUCCUUUUGAGCAGCAACUCCAUUCACAAAGUUGGAGAAAAUACAUUCAUUUCAUUGGGCAGGCUGCACAAGCUUGAUAUUGGUAGAAAUGAUAUCUCAUUUCUUGGCAACAGUUUUUCAGUGGGUCUUAUUUCUCUCCAUGAACUUAUUUUGGCCUACAAUAAACUGCAGGAGCUACAGUAUAAAAGCUUUAAGUACUUUGAAAAUCUUCAGAAGCUGAAUUUGCAAAAUAACAACAUUUCCUCCAUAGAAUUGGGGACUUUCCGCAGUCUUACUCGGUUGAGGCAACUUUACCUUCAGAACAAUUGCCUUCAUGCCCUACCUAAUAGAUUAUUUUCUAUGUUGCAACACUUAGAGAUCUUGAACUUAGAGGGUAAUAUGAUAAAAAUUAUUGCUCCUGGAGCCUUUAUUCCAUUAAGCCACCUUACAAUACUUAAUUUGAUCCACAAUAAAAUUGACCAUAUUAAAUUCAAAACUUUAUUAUCUUUGCAAACCCCUGGAACUCACAUCUUACUCUCAGACAAUCCCUGGUUCUGUGACUGUGAUCUUCAGAGAGUGUUUGCAAAACUGCACAGUGUCAGGAGACUGAUCUUGGAUGAUUACUAUAACGUGACAUGCAUGGAGCCCCAUCUCUUGAGAAACCUGCCUCUAUCAGCUGUAGAUACGGAGCUUUGUAUUGCUGAGACAGUGACUGUUCUUGUCAUAACCUUUACUGUCUUUGUAACUGUGGUAGCUGCCAUUGUAAUGGCUGAAAGGAACAGGAAGAAAAGGGCUGAGAAACGCUGGAAUGAGGAUAGUGACGUUUCUUACAAUGCUCAAAACUGAUUAAAU